AAGUGCAUGAAUAAGAAAAAAAUUUGCCAUAAAAAGAAGAAAAUAAGAAAAGAAAAAGUUUCCUCGGUGAGUCAAACACGGAAGUAAAAUGAAAGAAGAGAUUUUUCCAGUGAGUGUCGACGAUAAUUUUCGUGGAGGUCGAUGGGGGAAAAUUUUAUGUGUCUGAUUGUCUGAUAACAUAAUAAUUUUAUUGAAAAGAAAAAUAUAAAAAGAGUAACAGCCGUGAGGUGUCGAAAAAAAAAGAAAAAUCCUUUGUGUCAUCUGAAAAGUGAAGACUGAAAAUAUUGUGACAAUUAAUGUCGGCAGAAGCCGUUAAGACAAUAUUCUGAAGGCUGCGAACAGAACUUUUAAGAGAUUUUUAAUACGUAUAAAAAAACAACGGAGAAGAACGACGUUUUGUGAAUCAAGAUUUCAUUUUUAAACAAUCAACAAUCGAAGCUACAAAUUA